CUUAGCUUUCCUUCUUCUUACCUUUGCCAGAUACUGCAAUCCUGCAACCCCCAUUAAGGCCAUUCUGUAUUUUCCAAAGGCAGAAUGUGCCCUCCUCGGGCAUUUGAGUCCCUUUUUCUAGCACUACUCCUCUUGGGUGGUGGAAUUCCUAUUCAAGUUGGGUGCUUUAGUUUUGAUUUUCCAAAGUUCUCUGAUCAAAAUGCAUCUGAUCUUCUCAUGCUAAGUGAAAAUUCACGCAUUGAUGUGGAAGCUAUCCAAAUUACACCCAAUGUUCGAAUUGACAGCUAUUUGGAGAACAAAUCCGGACGCGCAUUUUACAAGAAGCAAUUCAGAUUGUGGAGCAAGAGCAAAGGCGUCACAGCAACUUUCAAUACAACCUUUCUGCUUAAUAUCAGUCCCGCCACACCAAAUACUCCAGUCGGCGAAGGCAUGGCAUUCAUAUUAGCUGCAGAUUCCACUCUUCCAGACGGCAGCGAUGGGCAGUGGCUUGGGAUUGAAACCGCGGCUUCAAAUGGAUCUUCUGGAGUGGUGGCAGUAGAAUUUGACACGAGAAAGAGCUAUCCAGAUGAUCUCGAUGAUAACCAUGUUGGGUUGGAUGUAAAUAGCAUCAAUUCAAUCAAACAGGUGUCUUUAGGUGGCUAUGGGGUCAAUCUUUCUUCAGGGAAUGAUGCAUCUGUAAGGGUUGUGUAUGAUGGCAAAAAUAUUACUGUCGCGGUUCUCGUGAUGAGUAAUGGAACAGGGGAGUACACGCCACUGAUCUCUCUGCCUCUUGUUCUCUCUGACUAUCUUCCAGAGAUGGUUUUCGUUGGGUUCUCUGCUUCAACGAGUAAUUACACCGAAUUAAACUGCGUACGAGCAUGGGAAUUCGAGGGUGAAGAUAUUGGUGAAGAUGUAAAUCUGUUAUGGGUGUGGAUCACAGUUCCGGUGGUGGUAAUUGUGUUAAUUAGCGGGAUUUUUUUUUACUUGUAUUGGGAAAGAAAAAACAGAGAGCGGCCGGAAGAUGCAUAUCAAGGGAUGGAAGACCAGAUUCGAGGGUCUUCUAUGGCUCCACGGAUGUUCAAACUGAGAGAGCUGAGAAAAGCAACAGGCAACUUCAACCCCAAAAACAAGCUCGGAAAAGGCGGCUUUGGAACGGUCUACAAGGGAUUGUUGGCAGAUAAGGAGGUAGCUGUGAAGAGAGUCUCAAAGGAUUCGCGUCAAGGCAAGCAAGAAUUUAUAGCAGAAGUCACAACAAUCGGCAGCCUCCGACACAAAAAUCUUGUCAAAUUGAUUGGAUGGUGCUAUGAAAAGCGCGAGCUUCUUAUUGUGUACGAGUACAUGCCGCAUGGUAGCCUCGAUAAGUUUGUAUUCGGAGAUGACAAGCUAGGCUCCGAGGAACAACCGCUCAGCUGGGAAAAAAGGCACAUCAUAAUUCAUGGGGUGGCUCAGGCGCUGGAUUAUCUCCAUAAUGGGUGUGAAAAGAGGGUGCUUCAUCGCGACAUAAAAGCCAGCAACAUCAUGUUGGACUCAGACUUCAGCGCAAGGCUGGGAGAUUUCGGAUUGGCUCGAACCAUUCAACAAAGCGACGUAACCCACCACUCAACAAAAGAGAUUGCAGGAACGCCUGGUUAUAUGGCGCCAGAGACUUUUCUCGUUGGCAGGGCAACCGUUGAAACAGAUAUUUAUGCGUUUGGUGUUCUUGUAUUGGAAGUUAUCUGCGGGAGGAAGCCUGCAAAUACGGGUGAGCAUAACGACUACAACAAUGGGAUUGUGUAUUGGUUGUGGGAGCUUCGUAGGAAGGACAGGAUCCUUGAUGCAGUUGACUCCAGAUUGAAAGGGGAAUUCGAUGAGGACGAAAUGGUGGGCAUGCUUGUUUUGGGAUUGGCCUGCUGCCACCCAAAUCCACACCAAAGACCCUCCAUGAGAACAGUUUUGCAAAUACUUACAGGGGAGGCGCCUCCGCCGCUGUUGCCCACAGAGAGACCUGCUUUUGUGUGGCCGGCGAUGCCUCCAUCAUUCAAAGAAGACACCGACACCGCUUUUAUUAAAAGCCAAUCUACUCCGUUCACAGAUAUCGCCGGGAGAUGAGUCAUGCCUAUCACUACGAAUUUCCACCUUGUACACAAUGUCCCACUUUUUUUUUUUUUUUUUAAACAAUGUUUUUUCUUCGUUUCAUAUAGGAAAAAUUUCUUCAAUUCAAAUUCGAUAUAUACUUUGUUUAACUUUUCGAAUGUC